CAGACUAUACAUUGGACUCUUUUUUCGAGAAGAAGAAACCCAUUCCCAUCUGUCCGUCCGUUAACCCAAAAUGGCCAGCAGUCCCAAGGCUGCUCUUCUCCUCCUCGCCGCCGCUCUGCUGCUGUCGUGCUGCUGCGCAUCACACGCCACAGGCGGCGAGACGCAUCAGGAGAAGGAGGCGGUGACCAUGCCGAUGUCGACGGACCCGUCCAAGUGCGAGCGGAUGGUGCCGUGCAGUGAGGACAUGUGCACGGAGCACUGCGUCCGGAUCGGGCUCGGCAACGAGAGGGGCUUCUGCAGCUUCCUCAACCUGCAGUUCGUCUGCUGCUGCCCCAUAACGUUCGGGCGCGCCGCCACCAAGAUCCCAUUAUCCUCCGUCAAGCACUUCUAAUUUUGCUUAGCUGGCUAGUCCUUCAGGCCUUGUUUGGCAGUUGAGGUUUCAGGUGUUUUAAUGAGUAUUAUCUCACGGGGAUUAGGUGAAAGAUUCACCCAAUACCCUUCUCCACCUCAAUCCCUUUGUCCAUCUAUCUAGUUUGACUGGCACAGAGGGUUUGCUUCAAUAAUAAUAUGGCUAAUCAGUCGUACGACUGAAUCUAUAACAUAAUAAUACAGUGAAUGAUACUUUUUUUA